AUGAGUCGACGCAACCGCAAAGACGUCGAUGACCUGCUCGCGGAUCUGGACAAUCUAGGCACCGAGCCGCCCGCCAAGCCCGCGCGCAAAUCUGCCGACAAACCUUCGCUCUCCUCCUCCACCUCGACCGACGGCCUCCGCAAAGGUCCCGAUGACGCACAGAGUCUGCUCGACGACCUCGACAGCCUAGUGCAAAGCCGAACGAGUGCGAGCAGUCGUGCUUCGUUGCGCAAGAAGAGUGGCACCAGUGGAGCAGCUACGCCUACCGCACCAGCACCGGCGACGCCCAAGACCGAGAUGGCGCCCACAUCGCCCUCCCCCGCACCUGCGCCUGCGCCCACCGUCUUUGUCCCCGCAGACAAGAGUCCCGAGCCCACUUUGUCCGCCUCGAGCAGUGGCGGCGGAUGGGCAGGAUGGGGCAGCUCGCUCUUCACCCAAGCCACAAAGCUAGCCGACCAAGCGCGACAGGAGUUCGAAAAGCGUGCGCCAACCCAGGCCGAGCAGGCGCGCGAACUCGGCAGUCAGAUCGGCAGCAAGGGAUGGGACCUUGCGAAGAACGUACGUGGCUUUGUCGCGGAAGCGAAUCUGGAAAAGUGGAGCGAGGAGGUGACCAAGGUGGGCAAGCGUGGGUGGACGGACAUCAUCAACACGGUGGCACCGCCCAUCAGCGCGCACGAGAUCAUCCAGGUCACGCUGAGUCACGACAUGGUUGGUUAUGAUGGGAUUUCGGAUGUGACGUACCAGACGCUGGCCAAGGUUAUGGAGCAGGUGGAGAGCGCCGGGACGGGUCAGCAGUUGGUGGUCAACAAGGCGAGGACCGAGACGCCCGCUGCGAUGCCAAAGGGUGGGGAGGGAGAGAGGGAGUUGAAUGCCGUCGAGGGUUUUGCGGCCGCGUUCAAGCUGGCUAGGGUCAAUUUGGAGGAGUGCAUCAAGCAGCAUGAGGUGACUCCGCCGGUGAAGGAGACCAAGGAGAGCGCAGCGUUGCCCAUCACGACGUGCCCGGUGUUCGUGCGGAUCCAGGCGUGUUUGGCGGGCCUGCCGGGCGCAGACGAUGCGGAGGGCGAGGACAAGGAAAAAUCGCUGUUCUUCCUGGUGCUGCUGCGAGACCCGCAGCAUGGGUUGAGCCACAAGACGGUCUCUCAGGCCGUGCCUACUUCGUGGUUGGACGUCGCGUUCGAGGAGAACGAGUGGGUGGAAGAAUCGCUCGUCGACGUGCUCUCGAACGCGCUCACGAUCGUCGGGCAGGACUAUGUUCAGGGUCGAAUGUCAGGCCGCACAAAGUCGUCCAAGGAGGGUGUGGUGGAUCUGGCGAACGAGGAUAAGGCAGGAGAGACAACGUCGUAG